AUGCAUUAUGAGAAUUUUUAUUUCAUUAAAGACUUAAAGCCUUUUUUGAAUAAUUUAUCAUUACAAUGUUUACUUAUAAAAUACAUAGAUGACCCACCAGACCAUAUAAAUAACAUAAUAAGGUAUCACUACUUAGUUGCUGAUGUAAGCGGAUGUGUAAUAUUAUGCAUACCUCAAAUGUUUAUACAAGAGGAACUGAAUAAAAAUAACAUUGACAUUUUGAAUGAUGAUAUUGAGGAUCUGCUCGACUGUUACGGUAACACGAAUUUUAACAUGUACGAAAAUGCAUAUAUAAGCUCAAAUAUGAGUGCAAAUGUAAAUGCAAAUAUAAAUGCAAGUGCAAAUGCAAGUACAAAAGCAAGUACAAAAGCAAGUACAAAUGCCAGUACAAAUGCAUACAAAAAUGUAAAUACAAAUGCAAAUACAAGUGCAAAUACAAGUGCAAAUACAAGUGCAAAUACAAGUGCAAAUACAAAUGCAAAUACAAAUGUAAAUAUAAAUACAAAUAGUAAGAAUAACUAUAACAGUAGUAAUGUAACGGACGAACAGAAGUAUAUUUAUGAUAUAAAUAAAAAAUCAAGUAGUUCCAAAACGUUAAAAUACUUUUUUAGAGUCAUAAUGCCUAACACCAGGACAAAAAAAAAUAAUCCCAAUGAAAUUCUUGGUUCAAUUGUAAGAGUUGGCUUUUUCAACAUGAACGUAAAUCUUGAAUUGAAUGUAAGUAAUUUAAUUUCAUCAACAACUGAAAAGAAGUAUCACAUGGAUGAUAAUAAUGCAAAUAAUUUAGUACGUAAUAAUAUUAUAAAAAAAAAUAUGGAAAAUAAAAAUUACCUCACAACGGAACGUUUAAAUAAAAAUAAGGUAAGUAAAUAUGAUAUACUUCCCUUACUAAAUGAUGAAGAUAUAUUAUAA